CUACCCCCUACACAUUGCCCGGCAGCCUCAAUAGUCACAAGUCUGUUAAGCUCCAGGACAGCCAGCAGAUAGGGAGCCUCAGUGUCCCUGAGACAGGAUGGGCCUCCUACUACUGUUUACCUCCACACUCCUGUCCAGCUACUUCCAUCCAUGGAUAGUGGUGAACGCAGAGCCAUAUUUCGUGUUGAGGGCCAUCACCCUGACCAUCGAGCCCGGUGCUAAUGUGACUAGGGACACCUCUGUGACUCUGAGAUGCCAUGCUAGCAUCAGCAGCUCAGGCCAGGAGCCACUGAGCCGUGAGUACACUUUAUACAAGGGCUCGGAGAGAAUCUACAACAAGGUCAUGAGCACCUCAGAGGAUUUUCUGCACCAACUACCCAACGCCAGACUCUCCGACACCGGCAAAUAUAAGUGUGAAAUCAGGAUUAAGGACAAAUCUAAGACCAGCGAAAACGUGGAACUCACAGUAACAGGACUGUCAAAACCAGUUCUCCAUGUUAACAACAGUAUGGUUAGUGAAGGGGAGGAGGUCAUCGCCACAUGUAUGGCUCCCGGCGAAAGAGGCUCCUUUUACUUCUACUUCUACGAGGACUCCAAAGAGAUCCAUAAUAUGCAGGCCAGCUCCAACCAGGCAGAGGCCAGGCUUUCCAUUAACAGCGUUGGUAGCCACAUAAUACACUGUGAAUAUGCUGUCCUCGUAAUCCCCUUCGUCUUCAAAUCAGAGCAAAGCGACACCCUCAAAGUUUCAGUCACUGAGCUUUCGAUCGCAGUAAGUUUGGACAUUUCCCCUCAGCACAAUAUUUAUGAGGGGGAUCAAAUUGACAUCACGUGCAGUGUCAUCAACUUUCCACAAAGAUCUUACAAGUCCAACCUCUACCUGAGUCAAGGGGACAAGAUUCUCAAAGUUGAGGAAAAGACCACAUUUACUCACAGCAUGAUAAUAAAGGCAAAAGACUCUGUGCUGUUUGAGUGCGGAUUGGAGAUGGGAAAUGUGAAAAAAGUCACCACAAAGAAGGUCUCAGUAACCGAGCUGUUUUCAGUGCCCACUCUCACCAUGUCUCCAGCUGAAGUCUUUCAAAGGGACGCUAUAACACUGACCUGCAGGAGUGAGAACUAUGCUCCUCAAAGACUCAAAGACGAAGAGUUGACUUACAGUCUUGAGCCAACUCUAAACCUACAGGAGCACGGGAAAGGAGUAUAUUCUGUCAAGGCCACCUUCCGUGAUAUCAACAUUACCUGUAUAGCUAAAGCCAGGGAUCUCAUGAAACAAAGUGAAAUCCUGGCUGUACGUCCUAAAGUUCGUGCCUCACGUCCAAGGAUCUCAGUGAUUGGCAGGGCAAUCAUACAACAGCCCAUCACAAUCCUCUGUCAGUCGGACUCUGGCAGCCUGCCAAUAAACUACACUCUGUUUAAGGGUUAUGAUGCACUGAACACAAUCAGCGUUAAGGAUUCUUUUCAACAAGCUCUUUUCACAGUCACCAUCAACAGGGCUGAUGAAAUAAAACAGUACACAUGCGAAGCAGACAAUACUAAGGGUAGAAUGCAAAGCGAGAGCAGUGACAGACUCAGAGCUUUUGUCACAGAGCCUCUAAAGAACCCAGCUCUGAUCGUUAUUCCCGAAGUGGAACAAAUUUUUGAGGGAGGCCAUCUUUCCCUCAUAUGUACAGUAACAGGCACCCCUCCAGUUACUUUUAAGUUUUACCAACAAGGCAACAAAGACCCACUGCAUACCACCACUUCCAAUGAGAACCACACAAGCUAUGAGGUCCCCAGGUUGUCCAAAGCGCACAGUGGCAAGUACUUCUGCGAAGCUGACAACCACGCCCAUCAAGUUGUCUCAACUGAAUUGGUCAACAUAGAGGUGCGCAUGGCGAUAUGGAAGAAAGCUCUAAUCGGAGGGUCCUGUCUAUUGGCGCUGUCAGUACUGGUGGUGGUGUGUGUUCUGUGCUUCAAAUCCAAGAGAGGUAAAAGAGAAGCACCUGCUGAAUUGUCAGUAAAGCCUUCAAGCCCUAAAUCAGAUGACUCUUUAACAGUGAAUCUAACCCACGACACAGAGGUUUAUAACGCAGACACAGACGCAGCGCCACUCUAUGAUGGCACAGAGGGGAGAGUGACCAAUGGGGUGCGAGAUAGCGCGGCAUCGCUUCCCGCUGACUUCAGCAACAGGAGCAGCUACAGUAUUCCAGCCACAGUGUAGAGAUGCCCCACAGUGGGCGGGACUUGAUUUAAAUUUAUAGAAUAACUUUCAAAGGAAAGGAAGCUCUAAGAAAGGACUUUUGAGAGCAGUAAUCCUGUUUGUGAUGUAGGACUUGGACAUUUUCUCAGUGAAAAGGAGGAAACUGUAUAAACCCGCUGCUCCCUCUCCCCUCCUCCUGCUAUCUAGAUGGCCUCUGAUUUUAUCUUUGACGUUACUGUCUUUGUCCUUUGUUUCUUCGUUCACCAUGUCUGUGUGAUCUCAUGUCCUUUAUUGUUGCCACUGCUCAUUUGUCUGAUGUGCAUGUUUAACUGGGCUUGGUGACAGAUUGAUUUGCAUAUACAUUUUAUCACCAUAGCAGGAAAUGUGUGUAUAUAUUUUUGGUUGAUCCCUUGACUGAUUGAAAGAGACAUAUAUAGAAUAAAGGCAUUGGUUUUAUUUA